UUUCCCACUGCACUUUAGUCGCCAGACAUUUAUCGAAACGUGCACAUCACCAGCGGGCGCCCACCCACAGAAUAAUACACAUAUAUAUAUUGUUAUAGCCAAUAUAUCCUUCGAACCGAAAAAUACUCGCGAGUGCAAAUCAAAGUUUUCUAGCUUUUCUUUAUUUUUCUAGUGUGAAAAGUAAAGCAAUUGCAUCCAUUUAACAGAGAGAUUAUCCUUUCGCAAACAAACAAAACAGAAAUGGCCGCCUACGCUGCUUUCAAACACGUUGAGCUUUACAAUGUUGGCAAAGCCAAAAAGAGGGUGCUGAGGCCUCCGGGCGGCGGAUCGAGCGACAUCUUUGGAUCGGAGAUGCCCCAGACUCCCAGGAACGUGAAGAAUCGCAUGGUGUCCAACAUAUUCGCUGCCGAGAAAGAUAAUGGAGUGAAAAACAACGUACGACAAGGAGCUCACAGAUUCUAUUUCAUUGGUGAUGCACCACGUCGCGGCCAGAAGACCGUCGACUCCCACUCUCGGCUGUUUGGGGAACCCUCCCGCCCGAUCACGCCCGGCAAGAACCACAUGAAGAGCAGCAUUCCCUUUGGCGGACAGAACUCAGAGGCAGCCGCCGCCCAGAAGCUGUUGACCACCAAUGGCCACUACAACGGCAAGAGCGGAUCGGUGUCCUCUGCCUCGUCUUCGGUGUCGUCCUCGACCGAGAACCUCAAGAUGAACAACGGCUCGAGAUCAGUCUUCCGCAAUAUGAGCACAGCAAGUCCAGAUAUCAAAAAAACGAUUCCACUCGAACGUGAUCCCUUGUGUAGCGCAACCCCCAUGCCCAGCGCCCAACCAAUUCCGAAGACAGACGCCCUAUCCAACGAUAAACCGUGCCGAGAUAGCGAAAUAGGAGACGUGCCAGCAGAUAACUUAACCUUUACAGAAUCCGAUAAAGUAGACGAACGCACUCAAACGUGCCGCGACUCUGGAGAUAAUACCAAUCAGUCGUAUUCGCUGGGCAAUAUGGCGGGCGUGCCGGAUUUGACGGAGCCUCUGGGACUCUGUCCAAGUGAUGACAAGGAAGAAGAGCAGGAGUGCUCCAAGCUCGAUUCCCGCAAUCCGAUCACGGGUCUUGGUCUUAACGGAGAUGGUGUUGGCGGUCUCAAGCCGAGGAAAACCAAGAUCCGAGAGGGAAAUCCUGUCACAGGCGAGGGCUACAAGGCAGGAGGCAACGACUUCCACCAGCGCCAGGAGUCUUCGAAUGGCGGCACUCCGGUGAUCAACAAGAACCGUGUCCCACCAGGCGGCUACUCGUCGGGACUCUGGUAAUGACGACUGGAAUUGCUCAGAUCCCAGCACAAGCAAUGUAGGGCCGUUGGCGGGACGAAACACCAUACAAGAAAGCAACAAAAGCAAAAAAUCAUACUACCCAUAUAAUAUUACGCAUACCCUACCCCCAAAUACAAGAAAAACAGCUCAGAAAUCCAUCCGAAUGGCGGCAGAUUAGCAGAGAGAUGGCCAACGAAUAUUUAAGCGAGAGAAUAACAAUUGCUCAACGAUCUGAAGAUGCAGAAAAGGAGCAUCGAUGCUGUACACCCAAACACCCAAACGAGAAUUAAUCAACCACAUUUAAGCGGCCGACGCACUUUACCUAUCACUACCAACCACCAAACCAUCACCACCCCAUUGCAAAUCUGUAAUUUAAAUUCCUUAGUUCGUGUAAUUCCAUGUAACGCGUGUAGCCCCCACAAGAUACGCCCACGUUGAAGCAUCCGAUCCCCGCCCCGCAGCACCUGCGUGUUAUAUGAUAUUCCGGUUAGGUAGGACACCUACUCUUCGUUGCUGCGAUGCGAACGGAGGCGGCCGGAUGGGAUCCUUCAAUCACCUUUGGACUUUCGAUUUAAUUCUAGUUGCAUACUACACGCCACAUCUAUAUUUAUAUUUAUACCAACCGCAUUCACACGAACACUCACAUAAACACAUACAUAAUAUACAAUGUAUUACAUUACAUUAAACAUGUAAUUUAAACGGUACGCCUGUACGUACUAAUGUGCACGUACUAAUUAAGUGUAAAAAUACAAAAUUCAAGCGCGAAUCUUUGUUCAAUAAAAACCUUUCGUACAUAA